UUCUAGACUUGGAGUAGCUUCGUCAAAUGUACCAAUGUUCCUACCUAACAGCCAUACGAAUACGGAAAUGAGAUAAAUAAAUGUCUGAAAGUCCACAGGCCAUGGCUGCCAGGUUGACCGUUUGUUAAGGAACAAAACACGACUCCAACUCUCAAACCACCACCACACAAGAAGACCUCACUGCCCUUCCCCUCUAUACAGUGUCCAGCGACGUGGCGUCUCACCCAGGAAGAUAGAUUACUAGGUCGACGCUUUCGAUCUGAACACCAUAAAGAUCUUCUCCCUUUCUGCUCAGGAAACAGUGGGAAAGAGGUAUGUCGAUUUCGGCAAAGUCGUUGCCUUUAUCCUUUGUGGCGCACUUUCUUGCCGUCGCUCUGGCCGUGCUGGUGUUGGUAUGGGCCAUUCACUUCAGGGGCGGAUUAGCUUGGGAAGCGACCAACAAAAAUCUCAUCUUUAAUCUUCACCCUGUCUUGAUGCUUAUUGGCUUCAUUAUUCUUGGAGGAGAAGCUAUUAUGAGUUACAAAGCACUCCCGUUGAAGCAGGAAGUGCAAAAGGUGCUUCAUCUAAGUUUGCAUGCUGUUGCCUUGGUACUUGGAAUAGUGGGGAUAUGUGCAGCCUUCAAGAAUCACAAUGAAAGCAACAUUCCUAAUUUGUACAGUUUGCAUUCCUGGAUUGGCAUUGGGGUUGCUGUUCUUUAUGCCAUUCAGUGGAUUUAUGGCUUUUUGGUGUUCUUCUACCCGGGAGGAAAACUGAGUUUAAGACGUGAAUCACUUCCUUGGCAUGUGCUAUUUGGCACUUUUGUGUAUGUGUUAGCUGUUGGGAAUGCCUGUUUGGGGUUCCUUGAGAAGCUCACCUUCCUUGAGAACUCCGGCCUCUACAAAUACGGAUCCGAGGCCAUUCUCGUCAAUUUCACGGCCAUUGCUACGAUUAUAUAUGGGGCUUUCGUUUUCUUGACUGUCCUUUCACACGCUUCUCACCACGAUGAUCGUAGCUACUCUGCAAUAUGAUGGUGGUAUUUUCUGCAGUUGUAACUUGUAACACGUGGACACCCCCUCCCCUGAAGAAUAAAUGCAGUUAGGACCUUAGGAGGACUUGUAAAGUUACUUUAAGCAAAUGUGUGUUUUACAAGUAAUCAGUGUAUUUCUCAAGACUGUCCAUUUGGUGUGUUGGAAAGCAUGAUUUGAUUUUUAGAUUUUAUGUGCAUUUGAGGCUAAGAAAUAGCUGUUGAUAUAUGCUGUUUGUCAUUAGUGUCUUGUCAGGACCAAAAUGUAGUCUUGGCUUUAAAAGUAAUUCAUUCAUAAUUUCAUACUACAACUACACAAAUGAAUUAACACCCGAAAGAAGGGUUUUUAUUGAA